AUGCAAUGCAGUUGGCUUCCUCUCCUAUUCAUCCCGACCAACGCCUCGCCUGCCUUCAUAUUCCUCUUCUUCAUCUGCACGUACUUCCUCAAUCGGCCAUGCGUGUACUGCUCCAUCCUACUCCUUAUUCUCUUCCUGACCUCGUGCAACUGGUCCGACCGAUGCUUCUUCGAUCUUGGCAGUAACUGGUUCCUCCCGCGUCCGAUAACACCGGACGUAGCUUUUACUUCGCCGUCAGGGGAGGACCUCACGUUCAACUCGACCGUCCUCGAUAUGGCCAACACUACGGUCGCGGCCAUCAUAAAAUCUGCUAGUGAUGAUCUAGCUGCCAGGAGGGCCGAGUGGUCGGGCUUGGGGAUCGAGUGGCUUAGAAACUUACUGGGGAAGAGGGAGUGGAGGAUCGAUUGUAUGGAUGUCUAUAUCAGGCUUUGA